ACGUCACCCUUCCUCUGACGUCAGACUAGAGGCUGGACCAUGAUGGCGGCCGUCAUGAGGCUUGUAAACAGAAGCACUUUAAGUUCAGCAAUGGGUCAGCAGUAUGUGGCGUUCAGCUCAGCCGCAAAGGUAAACGCAGCUGGAGUAAGAGCAGGUCAAGCUCUUCCAAAGAAGGUGAAGAUAGUGGAGGUGGGACCUAGAGAUGGUCUCCAGAAUGAAAAGACAAUCGUGCCAGCGGCGACUAAAAUCCAUUUGAUUGACAUGUUGUCAGCGUCAGGGCUGCCAGUCAUUGAGGCCACUAGCUUUGUGUCCCCAAAAUGGGUUCCACAGAUGGCAGACCAGGAGGAGGUGAUGAAAGGGAUCACUAGGAAACCUGGAGUGUCUUACCCGGUCCUCACCCCCAACCUCAAGGGUUUCCAGGCUGCUGUGAAGGCAGGAGCUUCAGAGGUAGCCAUAUUUGGUGCUGCAUCGGAGCUGUUCAGUAAGAAGAACAUAAACUGCUCAGUGGACGAGAGUUUACAGCGCUUUGACGAGAUUAUGAAAGCAGCGAAAGACGCUGGUGUGCCAGUUAGAGGUUAUGUGUCAUGUGUUCUCGGAUGUCCGUAUGAAGGCAAGGUGGCACCUGAAAAAGUUGCACAUGUAGCCAAGCGUCUGUACUCCAUGGGCUGCUAUGAGAUCUCUCUGGGUGACACUAUUGGAGUGGGGACUCCAGGUAGCAUGAUUGAAAUGCUGGAGGCGGUGAGCAGAGAGGUGCCAGUUAAUGCCUUGGCAGUGCACUGCCACGAUACCUACGGCCAGGCCCUGGCUAACAUCCUCGUAGCCUUGCAGAUGGGAAUCAGUGUGGUAGACUCGUCAGUAGCUGGACUGGGCGGCUGUCCCUAUGCCCAGGGGGCUUCUGGGAAUGUUGCUACUGAGGAUGUAGUCUAUAUGCUGCAUGGACUUGGCAUUCAAACGGGAGUGGACCUCCCGAAGCUGAUGGAUGCCGGAGCUUUCAUCUGUCGAACCCUCAACAGAAAGACCAACUCCAAAGUGGCGCAGGCCACCUGCAAGCUGUAGACAGAAAAGCCAAACCACGGGCUCCUUCACAGAUUGUACACUGCAGCAGCACCGCCAUGUAAAGUGGAGCCAUCGUCCUCCGUUUGUUCAGUUCUCCACUUUAUAGUUUGACUUUGAUUCAUCCUCUCCUGUUACGGGAAUAUUACUUUUAAGAUUUAGAUGCUACUGACCCAUCCUUCUGUUUAGAAUAAAAUAUCUGAUUAGAUAUUCACUACAUGAUAGCAUAGCUGGAACAGUGCCUUAUGUAAAGUCUAAUCAUACAGAUCCUACCUAUCAAAAGCCAUGCCUUCACCUGUUUCUAUAAUAGUGUGUUUACAUUCCUUUCUGGGCAAUGGGUAAGCCAAUGGGAAGAACAGACUUUGUUAAUAAUAAUAAAUGAACCAGUAAAAAUGUCCUAGGGACGGAUAAACUCAACUCAGUUGUAACAGUUGUUUUGACUUCGAUCAUCCUCUGUAAGCAGUGUUCCCUGUCUUUAAAUUCAUUUUCUGUAUAGUCCUUAUAAACUUGGGCAUUUUACUGGCUUGUGAUUAAAUGUCGAUGUGCUGUGUAUUUAUUUUGAAAUGCAUCUCUUCAAAUUCAACAUGUACAUAUACUAGAUUUAAAAAAUAAAUAUUAUUUCAUAAAU